AUGAAUGGAUACACAUUCAUCUAUUCUGGAGCAUUGGAAAAAGAACGUUCAAGAGCAGCUCACGGCGCAGCUGUGUGCCUGGGUCCCAAAGCAUCUCGUGCUUGGAGAAAUUCCGGCUCCAUCUGGAAAUCAAUCAACUCUAGGAUAGUAGUUGUUCGCAUUAAAUGUCAACCUAUACCUAUUACCGUUAUAGCUGUCUAUGCACCGGUGAACCCUUCAAAUGGCUUAAAAGCUGAAAUCGAGGCCUGCGAUGAGUUUUAUAAAGCUCUUCAAUCAUCAAUUGAUCAUACUAAUAAAGGCGAUAUCAUAUUGAUUAUGGGUGACUUUAACGCUAGAGUAGGAGUGGAACAAUCUAGCUCAGCUCAUAGCGUAGUUGGUAAACAUGCAGUGGAUAAGCAGAAUCAAAAUGGUCGUCGACUUGUUGAUUUCUGUCUGUUCAAUGGUUUCGUGAUUGCUAACACAUUCUUUCCUCAUAAAGCAGUGCACCAAACAACAUGGAUGCACCCAAAAACUAGACAAUGGCACAUGCUCGACUAUGUACUUGUUAAUCGUAAAUUUCGAAAUAGCAUUCAGGAUGUUCGUGCCCAUCGAGGCGCAACUGGCGGCAUUGGGACGGAUCAUCAUCUUCUAAGGGCUAAAGUCCGUAUACAUCUAAAAUGUCGCAAAAAAACAACCGAGACAGGUCGGUUAAGGCUUGAUUACGAAAAACUGAAUAACGAAAAAGUGGUAGCUGAAUUCCAAGCGGAAUUAAAAAAACACCGAAAUAACACACAGAAAAACAACAAGGAUUUAUCUGUGAACGAGAAAUUUACACAAUUCACUGAUUAUAUACGUGAACACAGCAAAGAAUACUUUGUAAAAGAUCAAAGAUACCAAAAGAAUACUAAAGAAUGGUUCACACAAGAAAUAGCUGAUAUUGUGGACAAAAAAGCUAAAGCUUAUGUACAAUGGCAACGUCAUCGUGGCACAAUUGAUGAAAAUAAAUACAGAAAUCAUUAUCGAACGUUGGCCAAGAUGGUUAAAAAUAAAGUAGAGGCUAGACAACGAGAAUAUUGGGAAGAGAUUAGUGUUGACAUUGAAAAUGCAGUGAAAGACCACGACCCAGCAACUGCAUUUCAAAUUAUACGACGCCUUCGUGGUAAUAACAUGAAUACGGAACACAUAGCGAUUCAUGAUAAAGAUGGAAAUACGUUAACGAAUAGUGAAGAUAGAUCAAAUAGGUGGAGAGAAUAUUUCGAUGAAAUGCUCAACGUACAUACAGUGGUUGAUGAACGGAUAUUACAAAAAAUCCCAAAGCCACUAUUAGAUCAAAAGGAUCUCUCUCAUCAGGAUGCUGUACCGACUGUUGAUGAGGUUGUGAAAGCAAUCCAACAGAUCAGAAAUAGGAGAGCUCCAGGAAAAGAUGAAAUAUCUGCCGAACUUCUAAAAGCCGGCGGGUUGCCCCUAGCUGAAUGGUUACACGAAAUCAUCCGUGAUGUUUGGGAACAGGAAAUCAUGGUAAAGGAUUGGACGGCAGCGGUUCUCAUACGACUAUAUAAGAAUAAAGGCGACAAACGGAUCUGCGAUAACUAUAGAGGUAUAUCUUUACUAGUUGUAGCAGGAAAAAUUUUUGCUCGAAUCUUAUUAAAUCGUAUUCAAAACACACUAGAAAAAAAACUGCUAGAGGAACAAGCUGGCUUCCGUGCUGGUAGAUCUACAAUCGAUCAAGUAUUCAUAUUGAAAAUGGUUAUGGAAAGAUCAAGAGAAUUCAAUCAACCACUGCACCUAUGUUUCAUCGAUCUACAGAAAGCCUAUGAUUCGGUUAACCGUGAAGCGCUAUGGAGAGUAUGUAGUGCAUACGGGCUAUCUGAUAAGAUGAUACAAAUGAUCAAACUUCUAUAUGAAGAUGUAAGAGCUGUAGUACGAAUUGAUGGCGACUUCAGCUCGAGUAUCCAAAUGAACACUGGUGUCAAGCAGGGAUGUCUUCUAUCUCCGAUCUUAUUCAAUGUCUACAUUGAUUUUGUCAUGCGACAAAUACUUGAGCAAGCUGGAACAGAAGGUGUCACCAUGAACUAUCGUCUUGGAGAUUUAUGGUACUCAGGUCGUGGAAAUAGCGAUGAUGUGAAGUUGUUAGCUCUCAUGUAUGCAGACGACAUUGCUGUUAUGUGUCAAAGUACUCAAGAUCUAGAAAAAUUUAUAAAAGCAUUCGAAAAAAUCACACAAGACUUUGGUCUUACUAUGAACAUCAAAAAGACAUGCUUGAUGUCUCUAAAACAAUUUCAAAAGUCAACAUGUAACUCUAAAGAGAGAACAGAGGUAGAUGAUAAGCCAUUUGACAUCACCAUACGCAAUCAAAAUAUAGAAAAGGUAGAAGAGUUUAACUAUCUUGGAUGCUAUGUAUCAAAAGAUCAAACACAACAUAAAGACAUUGAAACUCGUGUAAGCAAAGCAUCCAGUGCAUUUAAUAGUCUCCGACGAAUUGUUUGGUAUCGAAAAUGCAUAUCGACCCAGGCAAAAAUAAGAAUAUUCAGAGCAUCAGUACUCCCAGUACUCUUGUACGGAAGUGAACUGUGGUCUCUAACAGUUGCUGAGGAGCAACGCCUAAAAGCAUUAUAUAUGAAAUGUCUAAGAGUAAUAAUUGGAGUGUCUAUUGGUGAUCGAAUGAAGAAUGAUCUUGUGCUUCAGUUAACUGGACAACCACCUCUUGAAAACAUCUUGAGAAGGAACAGAUUGCGUUGGUUUGGUCAUGUUAAUCGAAUGAAUAAUGAUCAAAAUUGUCCGAUGUUAACAAAGAAGACCCUCUUCGCUUCAUUCAAAAAUGUAAAGAGACCUCCUCAUGGUAUCAAAUUACGGUGGAAAGAUAAAAUCAUGAAGGAUAUCACCGUAUCCAAUAUUAAAAAUUGGAGACGAGAAACGAAUGACAAGGAUACAUGGCGGAAAACAAUUAAUCGUGGUGUUACUUAUGGCAUCGUUCAUACAGAUGUUACGCGUAUAGUACGAGAACAUAAAGAAAGAGCUGUUGAUCGUCGAGCACGAGAAGAACUAAUGCAUCACAUACCAAAAAAUACCACAACUGAUCAUAAUCUUCUAGCUCUCACAACUGAUGAUACUACAUGCACGCUAUGUGGACGUAUAUGUAAAAACAAAAAAGGUCUAAAAAUUCAUCGACACACGUGUAUCAACAAGAAUAUCAUAGAUAAAAAGGCUAUUACACAAAAAGUACAACAACCAAUAUCAACAAAAUCACAUCAGGCAACGACCUCACAACCGACGAAAAUAAUAGAAUUGUUGGUGAAAAACAACAAUAAUGAAUACAUAUGUCCAAAUCAAACAUGUGGCAGAGUCUUAAAGGCUCAAGGUGCUACAUCACAUGUGAAAGCAUGUGCGAAAUUAUGGCUGGAAAAACAAAAUUUUCACUUCUAG